AAAUUAGCCAAAAUCAAGCCGGCAAUAUAGCAAUGGAAGCUCUGCCUGAAUUGCCGGACGCGCCGCUACGCCCAUUUAAAUUGGCGCACCAGGUUGUGAGUCUCACGGGCAUCAGUUUUGAGAGGCGCAGCAUUAUUGGCAUGGUAGAGCUGACCAUAGUUCCAAACAGCGAAAGUUUGCGUCUCAUACGUCUAAACGCGAAGCAGUUGCGUAUUUAUAGUGUGGUGCUGAAUGAUGUCUGCAAUGCCGAAUUUGUUUACUUCGAUCCGUUUCAAGAUAUAUGCCAUAAGGAUCCCAAAACUCGUUCGUUGGAUGUAUAUUCGACGCAUCAUUUGGCGGCCGCUCAAAUCACAGAUCCGGACGUGAACAACGGAGAGCUGCUUAUCCAAGUGCCACCAGAUGGUUACUCACUGAUACAAGAGGGACGCGGCCUGCGCAUUCGCAUCGAAUUUUCGCUUGAAAAUCCUAAAAGCGGCAUCCACUUUGUCAUACCACCUACAUCUUCCGAUGAGGAGACGCAAGUCAAUUUUGCACAUAUGUACACUAAUUGCUAUGAAAAUUCGACGCGUUUGUGGUUUCCCUGCGUCGAUAGCUUUGCUGAUCCCUGUACGUGGCGUUUGGAAUUCACGGUGGAUAAAAAUCUGACAGCCAUUUCGUGUGGUGAACUUGUGGAGGUUAUCAUGACGCCAGAUUUGCGCAGGAAAACGUUUCAUUACACAGUGACGACGCCAGUGUGCGCGCCGAAUAUCGCGCUGGCUGUGGGACCCUUCGAGAUCUAUGUGGACCCUCACAUGCACGAAGUCACUCACUUUUGUCUGCCACAACUCUUGCCGCUGCUGAAGAACACAGUGCGCUAUUUGCAUGAGGCUUUUGAGUUCUUUGAGGAGACGCUAUCCACUCGCUAUCCGUUCUCUUGCUACAAACAGGUGUUUGUAGACGAAUUGGACACAGACAUCAGCGCGUACGCCACACUGAGCAUAGCAUCGGUGAAUCUACUGCACUCCAUAGCCAUCAUCGAUCAGACGUAUGUGUCGCGCACAUUUAUGUCGCGCGCCGUGGCUGAGCAAUUCUUUGGCUGUUUCAUCACAUCGCAUCACUGGUCGGACACCUGGCUGGCCAAGGGAAUUGCCGAAUACCUUUGCGGGCUCUACUCCCGCAAAUGCUUCGGCAACAACGAAUAUCGUGAAUGGGUUCAAUCUGAGUUGGCACGUGUGGUCAAAUAUGAGGAGCAGUAUGGCGGCAUUAUACUCGAUUGUAGUCAGCCGCCAGCCCCGUUGCCAGUGUCGAGCACAAAUCCGGCGGCAGCUGCCAGCAAACAGCAGGAAAUUGUUCACUAUUUCCCCGUCAAGAGCUUACACACCGUUUCGCCCAAAUAUGUGGAGGCAAUGCGUCGCAAGGCGCAUUUGGUUAUACGCAUGUUAGAGCAUCGCAUUGGUGCCGAACUGCUCAUUCAAGUGUUUAAUAAGCAACUAGCUCUAGCAACCAAUGCAGCAUCGACCAAAAUAGGCGCCGGUCUCUGGUCUCAGUUGCUGAUAUCAACGAAUAUUUUCAUCAAGGCCAUUUUCACGGUGACGGGCAAGGAUAUGUCCGUGUUUAUGGACCAGUGGGUGCGCACAGGCGGUCAUGCAAAAUUCUCGCUCACAUCAGUCUUCAAUCGUAAACGUAACACCAUUGAGUUGGAAAUACGACAGGACUUUGUGAAUCAACGAGGUGUGCGCAAAUAUAAUGGACCCCUUUUGGUGCAGCUGCAGGAGUUGGACGGUACCUUCAAGCACACAUUGCAGAUUGAGAAUACCUUGGUUAAGGCGGACAUCACAUGCCACUCGAAGAGCAGACGCAAUAAAAAGAAGAAAAUCCCCUUAUGCACUGGCGAGGAAGUGGACAUGGAUCUAUCUGCCAUGGACGACUCACCUGUGUUGUGGAUACGCCUGGAUCCGGAGAUGAUAUUGCUACGCGAUCUUAACAUCGAGCAGCCGGACUUUCAGUGGCAAUAUCAGUUGCGCCACGAACGCGAUGUUACGGCACAGUUUGAGGCCAUCAAGGCGCUGCAAAAGUAUCCCACAAUAUCCACGCGUACUGCUUUAACGGACACCAUCGAGAAUGAACGAUGCUUCUAUAAGGUGCGCUGCCAGGCCGCUCAUUGCCUCACCAAAGUGGCCAAUCAAAUGGUCGCCUCUUGGAGCGGUCCGCCAGCCAUGCUGAACAUAUUCCGCAAAUUCUUUGGCUCCUUCAGUGCUCCGCACAUCAUUAAGCUGAAUAAUUUCUCGAAUUUUCAGUUGUACUUUUUGCAGAAGGCCAUUCCCGUGGCCAUGGCAGGUCUGCGUACCUCACAUGGCAUUUGCCCGCCGGAGGUAAUGCGUUUUCUCUUCGACCUGUUCAAGUACAAUGAGAAUUCGCGCAAUCUCUAUACAGAUGCAUAUUACCGGGCUGCUUUGGUGGAAGCCUUGGGCGAGACUCUGACGCCUGUGGUUUCUGUGGCUAUGCAUGGCACGCAGAUUACUACGGAUAGCCUAUCCACUGAUGCUAAACUGGUGCUUGACGAAGUGACGCGUCUGCUCAACUUGGAGAAAUAUCUGCCCUCCUACAAGUACCUGGUCUCUGUUUCCUGCCUUAAAGUCAUACGCAAGCUGCAGAAAUUCGGUCAUCUGCCCUCCUUGCCUCACAUUUAUCGCAGCUAUGCGGCAUAUGGCAUAUUUCUGGACCUGCGCAUAGCGGCCAUGGAGUGUUUGGUUGACUUUGUGAAGGUCGACGGACGUAGCGAGGAUUUGGAACAUUUGAUAACAUUGCUCGAAACAGAUCCAGAUCCGGCAGCACGUCACGCUCUGGCUCAACUGCUUAUAGAUAAUCCGCCGUUUACGCGUGAGGCACGCAGUCGGCUGGACAAACCGAGUCUGGUGGAUCGUCUCUGGGCAAGCAUCAAUACGCUGGCCUAUGAUACAAAGCUACGCUGCGAUACUGUCGAUCUGUAUUACGCUCUAUACGGCAGCAAGAAACCAAAUUGCUUACAGGCCUCAGAGAAUCAAAACUUCUACAAGGAUCUGAUGAAGGAUACGAGCUCGUUCAAGAAGAGUAGCGGCGACGUCAAACCCGCAGUGUCAGAGAAUGAGGAGGAACGUAAACCAUCAAUGGUCACCAUAAAGCGCACGGCGACCGAAGCAUUCGAGGUGGGCGACGAAAUCAUAAAGCUGGAACGAAGCGAGGAGGUAACCGUCAUGAAUGAACCGAUCGAAGUCGAGGCCUUUAAGAGUGAAACCAAAUUGAAUAUAAUCGACGCGGCUGAGGCCGAGCCAGAGGAUCAUGUGGCCAAGCGAGUAAAAACCGAGGUCUAUGUAGAAGAUGAUAACUCGAUGUCGUUUGUGGAUGUCGGCGAAGUCACACGCUACGCCAGCAGCUAUGAGUCCAACAAAAUGGACAGCGAAGGCAAACUUAAAAUGGAUGGGUCGUCAAAGAAAAAGAAGAAGAAGGACAAAAAGAAGCACAAGCAUAAGCACAAGCACAAACAUAACAAGGAGAAGGAUCGUGAGCGCAAGGAGAAGGAGCGACGGGAUCCGCAUCUCUCAAGAUUGCAGACCAAGGAGGCAACACCAGAGACCCUCAGCUCCGCUGAUAGUAGUAAUAGUAACAGUAAUCCACCGCUGGUCUUGAACUGAGUGCAAGUCCUGCGAUGUAUAUACUUAUUAUUGUGUGUAUAAUUUAAUUUAAGUUUAAUGCGAAACGUGCGAAAUGUACAGCAACAUCUUUACAAUACUUAACA